GUGUUGUUUUUCAUUCGUUCGAUGGGCUCGUACCUCUUUGGCUCGUCCAUUGGUUUGUUAUUCUGUUUCACAAAACACAAACAACAAACAACUGCUCUCUCUCCUUCUCGUCCUCGCCCUUCCUCCAUCGCCCCCUGCUUCCGCUCGCUUUCCACUCUUUUGCCUUCCCAUUCAUUCCACGAGCUCCAAAAAACGACUCAAACGCCAACCGAAUGACGAAAUGCGAAUCUUUGACAAAAACAACCCGCCAACCGCAAAAAAAAAAAAAAAAAAAAAAAAAAAAAAAAAAAAAAAAAAAACCACGACACGCGAUGGUCUCUGCUUUUGUUUUGCUCGCUUCGCCUGCGUUUCGUUUUGUUUUCGUUUUGUGUCUGUCGCUCACGUCUCGCUUGUGUCGGGUUUUUGUGUGUGUGUGGCUCAUCCUUUUGUAUUGCAGGCUACCCUGGUCCCGCGCGGCCUGCGCUGUCGGACGGCGAGCACGGCUGGCUCGUUGUGCUCCAAGUCGUCCAUGCGCUCGUCUGCGUCGCCUCCUUGGGUUGUGGCGUGGCUCUCUUUGAAUGGAAGCGACAGAUUCAAGUCUUCCAACCGAAACAGCCACUGCUGGUGGCAUCGGUGGCAAUCGGAUGCUUUCUGCUGUCCUUGCAUCCGUUGCUCGCCUUGAUCGAAAACCGCUUUGCCUGCCCCGCUGCGCUGUGGCUGCUAUACUUUGGCAUGGCAAUGACGUUCACACCGCUCAUUCUGCAAGAAGAAUUGUUGAGACAAUCGGUGCCGAGUGGCGACGCGGAAACAGCUCGCCAAAUACGAGCGCGAUUGCAGCCGCCACGCAUGACGGCAAUCCAAUAUGUGUUGUCGCUGCUGGUGUUUAUCGUCGUGGCGUUCAUUCUUCAGUUUGCACGAUCCUACUACGAGAGCAAUGCAUUGACUGACGGCUGUUGGUGGGCGGACGCAGAGUGGGCCACUUUGCACCUGCUGUUGCUCGCCGUCACUGCCAUCCUGAUUGCCUACCGCAUUCGAGCUGCGCGGCGGCGGCCGGACGCCACCGCGCCUCAACUUGUUGCUCACGCUCGUGCCAUGGUGAUUGUCUGCGCCCUGUUCUGCGUCCUUGCCAUCAUCAUGCUCUUCUACCCGGCAUUUUGGACGCUGUACUUUGUCAUGCUGGUGCCCAUGUUUGUCUCAGUCGUGUACUGUCUAUGGCCCGUCGGGACAACACUGCGCCUGCUUGUCAAAAACCCUGGCGCGUUGAUGAAUUCCAGCAGCUCUGACAGCGCCAUCAUCGGUGCCAGUGUCACGCGGGACAGCACUCGUCUGUCACUCGCUCCUGGUACAAAGGCCAACACCAACGCCAACGCCAAUGCCUUGGAAAUGGUGCAGCCACCGCUCUCGCCAUCCGGCAUCAGCAUUGCAAGCGCCGAUAGCCUCACAUCAGCCAACUUAAAUGGCAAACUCAGCUCGCUGAUCAGCAACACCUCGGCUGCCAGUGGCCAGUUCUUCCCAGACGAUCCCAACGCGUACCAGUAUGUGGACGACGAGGAUCCGCUGCAGGAAGAGCUGCGCAGGGAGCAAGAUCGUCUCGAACAAGCAGAGCUGGGCGCAGUCACGCGACUCGACCGCCGGUUUCAAAAACGCACCAAGAUUCAGGGGACGGCGCUUGUGCUCGGCACUGGUGGCAUCGCCACGAUGGCGGCAAACUCGCGGCGUGUAGAAGAAAGCUUUGCUGCACACGCCAAGCCCGCUUCCGCGAUCGCUGCCGCUGCGAGGCACAAGGCCCGCCUAGCGGCUGCUUCGGAAGCCGAGGCGACGAUGGCUGAGGCCGAGCCGGAGGAUGAGCUGGAGCAGGCUUUCGGCGAAGAGGACGUGGUGCAACGCCCAGGAUCCAUAGCGCGCCGGUCUGUGGCCGAGCGGCCCGGUCGCCCUUCGUUCUCUGCGGCCUUUGCCCAGUCGACAAACAAGCGGCCAUCCUUGACCACAAAUUUCUCCACAGCAACCACCAACAAGCCACCAAAGGGGCUCGUGGCCUCCGUGGCCCGGAGCGAAAGCACUGCGAGCAACCGAAGUGCGCGCUCCUACGGCCAGCACAACAGCGUCAUGCAAGCCGAGCGUGUUGCGGCCGACAUUUCUCUGCCACCAGGAGUGCGACCUUCCACGCUCAAGCAGGUUUUGGCGUCUGUAACGUACAUUGAAAUUUUCAAGCAGUUCUCGCUGGGCGUGUACUGCUCGGAGAAUAUUCUCUUCUUUAUGGAAGUCGCUCAAUUCCGCGCUUUGUCUGAGCGCAAGAAGGCCGAGUCGGCGCUCACCGGUGAGCAGACGUCGAUUAUCGGCGAAACCUCUCUGCUCAACAAGUUCAACGAAAUCUACGAUCUCUUCAUCAGCGAGCACGCUCUCAUGGGAGUGAACAUUUCCUCGGCCGCGCGUGAGCCCAUUCUGAAGGCCGUGCAGACGUUCAAUGCGCCUGUCGAGGCGUUCGAUCUUGCCCAAAAAGAAGUGCUCAAGCUCAUGCUAACCGACACGUGGCCAAAGUUCAAGCAACUAGUGUUGAGCAAACCCGCAACUGAAGAAGAAGUUCAGGCGGUGCUAGACGCAGUAGCAGUUUGAUCCACACUUUCAGAGAUUUCUUCCAUUGUUCGUUUUUAUUUGUUUUGUUGGUUUGUUUUGGUUUUGCCUCGUGUUGAGCAUUUUGUUCCAUCGUUACAUUUUUUUCCUUGCC